AUGUUUGUCAAUCUGGGCUUGACAGCUGAUGCUGCUGCGGCCCAUACGCACGAGUUUUCGAGACAGUCGAAAUCUCAACCGAACAGCUCCUUUCUAUCAAGAUCUACCGCGGCAUUUCUUCCGUUGGCAUUCAUGUCGUCUGCGAAACAGAGCCCAAAUCCUGAAGCUCUCAAGCCAUUGGAAACCCCACCGCCGAACCAGUUGUCGCCGUUUGCCACACCCCGUUUGUCAAGCGAUGAAGAGUACAAUCCCGUCGAAUCGAAGGACAAGAGCCCGGGUAACCGAACAAAGGUUGUCCCAACUGCUAUUGUGAAAAAGCAACAGGCUCGAACAAAGUCAUCGUUUAGCUUUGCGCAUUCACCCCACAGCACCCGUCGCAAACGUCUGGCAAUCCGUCCGAGACUGCUCCUUCAACUGCAGCAAGUAUCGCAAACAACGCGUCCUAUUCCCGCAGUUGAUGUCUUCGCAUCCACAAUUUGUAGCGUAUCUCGAAAGUUCCCCGGCAUACCAAGGACAAAAGAUGGCCAUUCUACAAACGACCUCAUUCUCGUGACGAGUGAUGCUUACAAGCACCUGGGUGUGGAGGAUGAUAAGAGUGUUACAUCUGACGAUCCGCAGGAUCGGAGAGAGGUUAUUGCGACUAUAUGCCAUCAUCGCAGAGAGGGGUCGAAAUUGAAAGGGAUGGUGGAAUUAUGUCUGCAACAGGGGUCUCGCUGGAAGGCAUCACGCCUACCUUCUGGUGGUUAUGACUUUACAUGGACUACUGACGGUGGUGAGCAGAAGCGCGUCCGAUGGGCGUUGCGUACGAAGGGGAGUCGUCGGACUUCUGGGACCAGCAUAGGUCCAGAUAACACUUUCGACAAAGGAAAACGAUUUGUAUUCAGUAUAAUCGACCCCACGACCCGUCGCCAUCCCGUUAUAGCAUGGAUGUCCCGACAGGGAAUCGAUGUGCUUGACCAAUAUCCGCUUUCCUCUGCUCCAACUCAAGAAUCUUCUUCACCAACCUCCGAGAGCCGCGUCACUGCCUUUAACAACUCACCGCAGCCGAGCGACUAUACCGAUCCACCAUUGAUCGAAACUGAUGAUCAUCUCCGAACACUCAUCAUCGUUAGCGGCGUUUGGAUUGCAUUCCAGGAGGGAUGGCCUCAGGCUCCGAUCUACGCCGAGCCAAACCCCACUUCACCGACAACUGCCACCGCCAUGGCUCCUCUUUCGUCCUCCUCCUCCUCACCACCACGAUCCCAAUCCACACAGUUUACAGGAACCGAUCCUGAAAAGGCUGAUGAGAUUGACGAGCGCUCACGGAGAAAGAGUCUUUCAUUUUCGGGUGGGCGAAUCAGACUUGGGGGUGGCAGCCUGCUCCACCGCUCAAAGACGGUGGACGGAAGAUCAAAAAAAUCAGGCUUUCCUCGCCGUGUAGCGUCGCAAGGGAAGAGUAGAUUAGAUACCCACCACGAAGAUGGACCCAGCAAAAAUGCUACAAGCUUAGCAAUGGAACCUCCAAAACCCGACGUUCCCGAUGGAGACAUGUUCUCCCACCCGGAGCAGUCCACGGUUGACGAGCAUAAUACAAGGAGGUGGUCGGAUUCCAGGGGAGACGACCAGCACCACCGAAGUAUUCCAAACAAUACUUCAUCUCCUCGUUACUCAUGCGGCGAACACAACCAGCAGGACCCUAAAUCCAAUCCUUCUAGCAUUUGUUUCGGGCUUAGUAAACCGGAGCAGGCGAAAGGCAAGCGGUGGCGCAGGUUAAGCCAUUGGCUCGACUUUGGCAGUAAAAAGGGAAGAGUUUCCUAG